UAGAGGGCGCUGUGUUUCCAUUACGGUGGCGGAAUAAUUAGGAAAAAAACAUAAUGGUUGCAUCGCGUGAAGAAAGUAAUGGUAACGCUGAAUGGUACGUGCAGAAAUUGUCGAGUUGGCCAGUGUUUUGUUGUGUAUAUUUUCAGCACAUACAGGCGCCCGCUCACACGCAAACACACACACGCACACACACGGGCGGUGAAUAAGUGACAGUAAAUCUGUCGUCAAAGUUCAGUUGGGUUCCGUUUUCCCUGCUUCAUCGGAGCUCACUAGUGGUUAUCUGGCAAGGUUUGGGGGGAGAGCAGAGCGUUCCUUUUUUUUUCCUUGUAGCAGUGCCGACAGGCCGUUAGCUAACGGACUCGGGGGUGCAGACGUUUUAAUGUGGGGAGAUUGCCUGACUUUUUCAGACGCGGGGCGUGACUUGUUUGUGCUGACCGCUGGGUGUGUAUAUAUCUUGUGAGUUCUUCCCUUGGGAUCUUUAGUGUUGAACCCUGAAAAAGACCAGGAGAGGCAUCCAAUCGUUGGGGAUUGCGGGGUUUCUAGGAUUUAAUUUAAGACAUUUCCAACACUGGUUGUACAAAGAGCUUCCUUUACUCCUGCUUAUUUUUUGUUGUUGUUGUUGUUGUAAAAAUAUAAAUAACACAAACAAAAAACCCAAAAAAUCCCUUUGCUGUUACGUCGAUUCCGGCUUAUAACCACCCUAUAGGACAGAGUAGAACGGCCCUAUUGUAACCUGAUUUGUAAUCUGUUCUUUCCCUGAUAAACCCCAAAUAGUGAGUCUGGUCUGUGAGUUGUGUGUGGCCAUUGCAACCAAGUAGAGAACCCGUUAGAGAAGUAGACAGCACCGUGGGAGGGAUGGCUGGUGUCCGAAUUGGUAAAAAGGGCUGCCAAGAGCAGGGGUGUCUGAACUCUACCUCAUAGGAAACAGCCUUGGGCUGUUAUCUUCCAUCUCCUUCCCCUCGUGAAGUCAGAGGAGGCUACAUGCCCCCUCCACGCCGUUUUGGCCAUAUGAAACCAGUUAGUGUCAAGUUGACUUCGACUCAUGGCGACCCCGAGUGUGUCAGAAUGGAACUGUGCUCCGUAGGGUUAUCAGAGGCUGAUUUUCAGAAGUUCCCAGGACUUUCUUCCAAAGUGCCUCUGGGUGGACUCAGACGUCCACCUGUUACCAGCCAAGCGGGUUAACCCAUUUGCACCACUCAGGGACUUCGUUUUCCUUUUUCCUAAUUUUAUCGUGCUUUGCGUGAAAGUUUACAGCACACAUUAGUUUCUCAGGUAAACAUUUAUACACACAUUGUUUAGUGACGUUGGUUGCAAUCCCGACAAUGUGUCAGCACUCUCUCCCUUCCUACCCCGUGUUCCCCGUGUCUAUUCGUCCAGUUCUCCUGUCUCUUCCUGCCUUCUCGUCUUUGAUUUGGGGCAGGUGCUGCCCAUCUGGUCUCGUAGGCUUGACUGACUGAAGAAGCGUGUUCCUCAUAUGUUACUACUCGUUUUAUAGGACUGUGUGAUCUUUGUCGGAAAGGUGAACCUCAGGAGUGGCUUCAGUUCUGAGUUAGCAGGGUGUCCGUGGGCCGUAGUCGUGGGGAUUCCUCCAGUUUCUGUCAGACCAUUUUUCCCCCACAACCGGACCGUGUUGCUAUAGUGACUGGAGGGACAGAUGGAAUUGGCUAUGCUACUGCGAAGCACCUGGCAAGACUUGGCAUGCAUGUGGUCAUAGCUGGAAAUAAUGAGAGAAAAUCCCAAGAAGCUGUAAGGACAAUCAAGGAGGAAACUCUGAACAACAAAGUGGAAUUCUUGUACUGUGACCUGGCUUCCAUGAGCUCCAUCCGGCACUUUGUACGGCAGUUCAAGGCAAAGAACAUUCCUCUCCACGUCCUGGUCAACAACGCUGGGGUCAUGAUGGUCCCGCAGCGGACCACCAGGGAUGGCUUCGAGGAGCACUUUGGCGUGAAUUACCUGGGGCACUUCCUGCUGACCAACCUGCUCCUGGACACGCUGAAAGAGUCGGGGUCCCCCGGCUGCUGCGCGAGGGUGGUCACGGUGUCCUCGGCCACACACUACGUCGGCGAGCUCAACAUGGAGGACCUGCAGAGCAGCUGUGGCUACUCGCCGCCUGGAGCCUACGCCCAGAGCAAGCUUGCCCUGGUCCUGUUCACCUACCACCUCCAGAGCCUCCUGGCCUCUUCGGGGAGCCACGUGACUGCCAACGCGGUGGACCCUGGGGUGGUCAACACGGACCUCUAUCGGCACGUCUUCUGGGGCACGCGGCUUGUCAAGAGGCUCCUCGGCUGGCUGCUGUUCAAGACUCCCGACGAAGGGGCUCGGACCUCCAUCUAUGCGGCCGUGGCCCCGGAGCUGGAAGGAGUUGGCGGGCGCUACCUUUACAACGAGGAAGCAACCCAGUCCCUCCAGAUCACGUACGACAAAAAGCUGCAGCGGCAGCUGUGGGCCCGGAGCUGUGAGAUGACCGGGGUCCUGGAUGUCACCCAGGACGGCCUCGCGGGUUAGCUGCUGCAGCAGGGGAAGCCUUUGUAUCCAGCAGGCUGCUCUCAAAGCCCCUGGGACUUCCAUGUCUCAUGCCCGGUGGCCUCCGGAGCUGUGUCUGAAUAUCCAGCGUUGGUGGCCCCGUGCUGCUCAGGACAUCUUAGACAAUUUUUUAAAAAACCAGCAAAAGGAAUGUUGGGCAGAACCAGGAGAAUGUGGACCGAGGGAUAAACCUUGGGACCGCAGCGUGCCAAAUUCCUCCUGUGUGGUCUCAGGUGCCACACACCAUUAAACCGUUGCACCCGAGCGUGGAGUCUUCUUUGCACGGCACAGGGGGACCAGGAGAUGUGGGUCAAAACGUGCAAGCUAAGAUGAGCGUGCUUCUUGGGGGACCUCAUUCUGCUCAAGGAGUCCUGGUGGCGCUGUAGUUAAAGCCUCCAGAAAAAGAUUUGGCAGUCUGCUUCCUUAAAGAUUACCCUUGUCACCGAAUCCAUUCCGACCCAUAGUGGCCCUAAAGGACAGAGGAGAACUGCCCCACAGGGUUUCCAAGGCUGUAAUCUUUACGCCACAGUGAGUGAGUGGAGGGUUGGGGUACAAAGGACCUUUGUGCUUUGCGACAAAGGGGGCGAGGCCCAACGAGCAUGGUUGAUCUUAGAUAUCAAUGAGGUCACAGGUGGAAGCGCUAAGCCAGGUCCCCUGGAGUUAGUUGCUUGUGAAUAAAACGGGAACCACAGAAUUGGCAGUGAUAAUGAGACUAUACAUAUAUUUUAAUUUGAUUAACAAACUUUUAUUAAAAAAAAAAGGGAUCCCUGGUGGUGCAAAGAGUUAAACGCUCAACCACAAACCAAAAGAUUGGAGGUUCUGGCCCACUCAGAUGGCCAGGUGUUUUUUCUGCUGUGCCGUUGGGUGAAUGCAAACCAUCAACCUGUCGGUUAGCAGCUGAGCACUUAACCACUGCACCACCGGGGCUCCUUCUGUAAAGGUUACAGCCUAGGAAACCCUAUGGGGCAGUUUUCCUCUGUCAAAUGGGGUCGCCAUGAGUUAAAGUCGCCUCAACAGCACCUAACAACGGGGGCCAAAAGGAGUCCUCGGUGGCACAAAGGUAUAAAUGGUUACCAUACCUACCCACUGACGGAAAGGCUGGAGGUUUGAGUCCUCCAGAGGCACCUCAGAAGACAGGCCUGGCUAUAUGUACUUCUGAAAAAGGAACCAUUGAAAACCCUAUGGAGUACAGUUUUACUCUGACACACGUAGGGGCACCAUAGCCAGGGCUGACUUCAGAGCAACUAACAAUAACGGCGACGGCAUGUAAAGGAGUUCCUGGGUGGUGCAAAGAGUCAACACGCUCGGCUGCUAACAGAAAGGUCGGACGUUCGAGUCCACCCAGGUGUGCCUCGGAAGAAAGGCCUGGUGAUCUACCUUGAGAAAAUCAGCCAGUGAAAACCCAGUGGAGCACAGUUCUACUCUGAUGCACAUGGGGGCGCCGUGAGUCUGCUCAGACUCAAGGGCAGCUGGCCUAGUUGCUUGGCAUUGGGACCCAACCUCCCUCACCCACCAUUCAGGCAAGGAUGGCUCCAUCCUGUCUCAGAAGCUUCCCUGGGUUUCCAAAGUCCCACAGAGAGAGAGACGAACCACCUGAGAUGCUCUCAGAAGGGCCUUACGGGAUCUGCUGCGCGCACACUGAGCUGGGAGACUGGUGACCCUGGGUCAGCUCACGGUCCAUCUUCUUGGUGGACAGAACACUCCGAGGGUGUGGAUCCCUGCUGGCACAUACCUGCCUUGUAAUCACAGUCAGCAAUGCGUCCAGGUGGGGUUCAAAUCAGAACAUGAGGUGUGAGCAAUUUUAUCUACUGCUUGGUGGUUCUAAGAUGGUGUCUUAGUCAUCUAGUGCUGCUGCUAUAACAGAAAUACCACAAGUGGAUGGCCUUAAUUAAGAAAAGUUUAUUUCCUCACAGUAAAGUAGGCGAAAAGGCCAAAUUCAGGGCAUCAGCUGCAGGGGAAGGCAUUCUCUCUCUGUCAGCUCUGGAGGAAGGUCCUUGUCAUCAAUCUUCUCCUGGUCUAGGAGCUUCUCAAUGCAGGAACCCCAGGUCCAAAGGAUGGGCUCCACUCCUGGCGCUUCUUGCUUGGUGGCAUGAGGUCCCCCUCCUCUCUCCUCACGUCUCUCUUUUAUAUCUCAAAAGAGAUUGAGUCAAGAUACAACUCAAUCUUGUAAAUUGAGUCCUGCCUCAUUAACAUCACAGAGGUUAGGAUUUACAACACGUAAGAAAAUCAUAUCAGAUGACCAAAUGGUGGACAACCACACAAUACUGAGCAUCAUAGCCUAGCCAAGUAGACACACAUUUUGGGGGGACACGAUUCAAUCCAGAACAAGGGGUGAAGUGGCUCUGUUGAACAAUUGUGUAAUCAGCCAUUGCCUGGAAUGGAGCCGCCUUUAGUGAUUUAGUAAGGCUGUAUCAGUUCCCUAGGGCCACCAUAACAAAGUACCACACACUGGGCAGCUUCAAACAAGAAGUGACUCUCUCUCAGUUCUAGAGACCACAAGUCUGAGAUCAAGGUCUGGGCAGGGCGGUGCUCCCUCUGGAGGCCGUAGGGGAAGACCCUUCCUCGUCUCUUCCAGCUUAUGGCGGCCCCAGGCGUUCCUUGGCUUGUGGCCACAUCAUUCCAAGCUCUGCUCCGUCUUCUCUCUGCAUCCUUCAAAAUUCCCUCUGCCUCUC